AAGCAAGAGAGGGAGAGAGGGGUGUUGAAGGGAGGAAGGCAAGAGGAGACGGGUGCUAGGCGUGCUGGAGAGCCUCGGGCGUCCGCCCGCCCGCAGGCGCCCCGGACCCGCAAGGGCGGCGCAAGACUUCCCCAGCGCGCAGUCAGCGUCGCGGCCCCGAAAGCUGGCGACAGGCGCUGCUGUCUUCCUGCCCCGUGGGGUCGCCCCUGCCCUCCCGCGCCCCGGGGCUGGGGGCGCCACCUUGCCAGCUCCGACUGCUGCACGGAGCGCCAGGGGUGAGUGUGCGGAUCAGCGCUGAGCCCGGGAGUGCGCGUCACGCCCGCAUCUGGCGCGCAGGAGGAGUUUGGGAGAGAAUGAAUUGGACUGUGAACCUUUCAUGAACUUCUCAAAGGAACAGGAACAUGAGGAGACGAAAUGGUGAUGAAAACCCACAAUUCAAUCUACUACAGUAUGGUAUCCAUUUUUCAGCUAUAUUAAUCUUUUAAAACAAAGAAAAUGGAUUUCUUAAAUUCAUCUGAUCAAAACUUGACCUCAGAGGAACUGUUAAACAGAAUGCCAUCCAAAAUUCUGGUGUCCCUCACUCUGUCUGGGCUGGCACUGAUGACAACAACUAUCAACUCCCUUGUGAUCGCUGCAAUUAUUGUGACCCGGAAGCUGCACCAUCCAGCCAAUUAUUUAAUUUGUUCCCUUGCAGUCACAGAUUUUCUUGUGGCUGUCCUGGUGAUGCCCUUCAGCAUUGUGUAUAUUGUGAAAGAGAGCUGGAUUAUGGGGCAAGUGGUCUGUGACAUUUGGCUGAGUGUUGACAUUACCUGCUGCACGUGCUCCAUCUUGCAUCUCUCAGCUAUAGCUUUGGAUCGGUAUCGAGCAAUCACAGAUGCUGUUGAGUAUGCCAGGAAAAGGACUCCAAAGCAUGCUGGCAUUAUGAUUACAAUAGUUUGGAUUAUAUCUGUUUUUAUCUCUAUGCCUCCUCUAUUCUGGAGGCACCAAGGAACUAGCAGAGAUGAUGAAUGCAUCAUCAAGCACGACCACAUUGUUUCCACCAUUUACUCAACAUUUGGAGCUUUCUACAUCCCACUGGCAUUGAUUUUGAUCCUUUACUACAAAAUAUAUAGAGCAGCAAAGACAUUAUACCACAAGAGACAAGCAAGUAGGAUUGCAAAGGAGGAGAUGAAUGGCCAAGUCCUUUUGGAGAGUGGUGAGAAAAGCACUAAAUCGGUUUCCACAUCCUAUGUACUAGAAAAGUCUUUAUCUGACCCAUCAACAGACUUUGAUAAAAUUCAUAGCACAGUGAAAAGUCUCAGGUCUGAAUUCAAGCAUGAGAAAUCUUGGAGAAGGCAAAAGAUCUCAGGUACAAGAGAACGGAAAGCAGCCACUACCCUGGGAUUAAUCUUGGGUGCAUUUGUAAUAUGUUGGCUUCCUUUUUUUGUAAAAGAAUUAGUUGUUAAUGUCUGUGACAAAUGUAAAAUUUCUGAAGAAAUGUCCAAUUUUUUGGCAUGGCUUGGAUAUCUCAAUUCCCUUAUAAAUCCACUGAUUUACACAAUCUUUAAUGAAGACUUCAAGAAAGCAUUCCAAAAACUUGUGCGAUGUCGAUGUUAGUUUUAAAAAUGUUUAUUAUUGAAGGAUGGGGGUUUUUGAGGGGAGGAAUAACUAGAUGAAUGCCAAAUAAUAAAACACUUAAGCUUUUAGAGGGAAAUACAUGAAAACUGCUAAAUUGAUAAGGCUAUAAUUUAUAUUUUAAUAGAAAUGUGAAUAUAAAAGUUAUUGAUCACCACUCUUCUAGGGUACUCAAAAUUAGAAAAUAAUUUAUGUAGGUUAUAAACAAUAUUUUGCCUAUGCAAUGUUCCUAAAAAGCUAACUGGAAAAAAAUAUAUAUAUAUAUACAAUAGUAAUGACAGUGAUUUUCCAUGUUUACGUCUUACAAUAAUUAUAGAGGAGUUUUCAAUUAACAACAUACCUCCCUCCAUAAUUUCUAUCGAGUCCUAUUGUUUUAUAAUAUAAUUCUAUUAUUUUGUAGAAGAAAAUAUAAUUCACCACAAAGUACACAUUUCUCCUGUCUCCAUUCUUGUCCCUUCUCCAUCUUACCCUGAGCAAAAGGGAGGGGGAAGGAGCAACUCUUACUUAGUGUGACUGGAGAAAAUGUAAAAAAGUCAGAGCUUGAAAUUGUCCUUGUGUUUAGGUAGCAAAGAGUAAUCAUAAAGUGGGUUAGGUACAGCAAAAUAAUUCAAUACUGAACUUGUGCGUAUUUAAUAUAUCAUGUUUGUUUGAUAUAAACUUCUAGAAUAAUAUUAUCUUAUCCUUAUAUUAUCAGCAUUUGAAAUCAAAGCCUUACCUUAGUAACAAUAACUCAACAAAGGGGCAUGGGUGACGUUGUUAUAAUUGCUCUCUGUUUACUUAGGAAUCAAAUUUAAAGCACUAAAUAUCAUAGAUUACUCACCACAGUUAUAGUCUUAACAUCUUUUUAAAAGUAUAAAAUGUAUUUCAUUUCUGUUAAUGUUAAUAAGCUCAGUUAUUAACUAAAUUGUCUGUGGUAUUUUGCACUUCAGUAUUUUCCAUACCUUUGAUUUGAACAUUAUUUCCCGUUUACUAGACAGAAUAUAAUGGAAAUUUUUAGAACUUUCCCUUGACUUUAAAGUAUUUCUACUUUUCCACCUGGUAGAAAUGAACAGGCAAAAAGACUCAUAUUACACUAAUUAAUAAAUGUACACACUUAUAUAUAUUUUUGUAAUUAGUCACUCUACUAGUUCAGUGAGCCAAAGCAAUUCCAUAAGUUUUUCUUCCAUAUUUAUAAAAGAAUUUGAAAACAAUAGAACCAUGAGUUUGAGAGGAUUUUAUUUUAUUUGAACCAGCGAGGUCAUAGACUACCUUUGGGAAGACCUAUCAUCAACCAAGAUCGUUUGAAAAACAAUAUAUACCUUUUUUUAAGUUGUACAUUUAUGUGCAUUGUAAAUAUUCCUUCCUGAUGGUGUGGUUAAGAGUACAUUACAUCAAUUUUAUGUAUAUAUAGAUCUGUGACAAAUUACUCUCAAGCUAACAAACAUUUACAGAGUUCCCAUUUUAUACAAGGCAUUGAGACAUAUACUAGAUAGAAGAUAUAGGAAAUAAUAAAAUACAGUUUUUUUUCCUGAAUAUGUUUACAGUCUAAAAGGAGAAACAAGAAAAAAUAAAACUAUAAUAGAAAAGAGCAAACUAAAAUCUGGCAUGGAAGUUGUUUACACAGUUAUGAUGGUGCAGAGGAAAAACUGAUAGCAUCUUGUUUAGAAAAAUCAGAAAUAUUUCACAAAGAAUGUAUCUAGAACACAUGUCAAAUACACAGCACUGGGGCAAGAAAAAUGGAAGAGCACACUCCAGGUUGUGACAACAUCAGGAUACAAACUGCACCAUGCAAGUAUUUGGUGGGGCAUGUUCAUGAAAUAGCAAUGAGUUUGGCAACUAUUUAGAGCAAUAGAGGAAAAGGAUAUUAAAAGAAAAAUUGGGCAUUUCUGUGGCUGACUUUGAACGUCAGAAAAAAGUCUACAGUCAAUUUUAUUGCUGACGAUGGGUAAUCACUGAUACUUUUAGCAAAAAUAUUACAAGUUUAGAGCAAAUCUAAACAAAAAAGAAAGAAAAAAAAUGGAUCUAUUUCAAUGCCAUCAGAGAGAAAGCAGAGUUAUUAUUGAGAUGAUGACUUCCCGUUAGAAAGCAAAUCAGUAAUCCAGGCAAGAGGUGAUGAAGUCCUGAACUUGAUUCUAGCAAUGGGAAUAAAAAGAAAGAAACAGAUGAAAGAUGGUACGAAGAAGUACAAUCCUCAGGUUAUAAUAAAUUAUUUAAUAAGCAAGCAGUGGGAGAGACAUGAGUCUAUGAGAUAACAUCCUUAACCAAAAUGAAGAACCCAACAGAAAAGGCCUAUUGGUGAAACGGUUACUUCUUUUUUGGGUAUGUUAAACACAUAAAGAUAUGUCAGAGCUCAUAAAUACUAAUGACCAUGUCUUGCUCAAGCCACACUGACAGGUAGAUGAGGUUUCUCUCUGACCUCAAAACUGACAAGUAAACGAGUGUCCCAGCCAUCUCUUUUGUCCUCACUUCACUUGACUGCCCAAGGGCCCUUAUGCUGUGUUGACAGGCCAAAGCCGGCCAUAGUCCCUGUCAUUCUCUGCUUACUUCUCUUUCCCUUCUCUUCUCACUUACCAAAAUUUAAUUCUGUGAUUUCUUCAUUCAAUGACUUUGCUAAAGUUAAAAUUAUCUGUUGAGUUUAUUUAUUUAUACUUAUCUCAGAAAUGUAUAUAUUUGUAUUGGGAAACUAAGAGACACAACCAGUGAACAACCCAAGGAGAGUGAGGCUCACCCAGAUACAGACACCGCCCUCUGAUCUGAGUUGGACUGAGACCCAAAUCUAGGAAAAUAACGCUGUAAGUGACAAAGUCAUAGAUCCCUUCAGAGCUCAGAGGAGAAUCAAGUUUAUCAUUACUGUGUAUGAUCCAAAGAACCACAACAAAUUCCAAUUAUUAUCACUUCAUCUAUGUGUUCCCCCUACAUGCUGAGGGUACAGAGCAUGCCUUCCUUCCUGAAAAAAUAUGAAUAUGAAUAUUUAGUUAUUUUAUUUUAUUGAGUCAGGGUCUCAUUCUGUUGCCCAGGCUGGAGUGCAAUGGUGUGAUCUUGGCUCACUGCAACCUCCACCUCCUGGGCUAAAGCCAUUCUCCCACCUCAGCCUCCUGAGUAACUGGGACUACAGGCAUGCAUCACUGCACCCGGCUAAGUUAUUUGUCUUUUGUAGAGACGGGGUUUUACCACAUUGUCCAGGUUGGUCUUGAACUCCUGAGCUCAAGUGAUCCUCCCACCUCAGCCUCCAAAAGUGGUGGGAUUAUAGGUGUGAGCCACUGCAACCGGCCUAUUUUAUUUUUCUAGAGACAAAGUCUCAUUCUGUUGCCCAGGCUGGAGUGCAGUUGUACAAUCACUGCUCACUGCAAUCUUGAACUCCUGGGGCUCAAGUGAUCCUCUCACCUCAGUCUCCCAAGUAGCUGGAACUACAGGCAUGCACCACCACCCUCGGAUAAUUUUUUUUAUUUCUUACUUUUCAAAGAGAUGACAUCUUGCUAUGUUGCCCAGGCUGGUCUCAAACUCCUGGCCUCAAGUGAUCCUCCCACCUUGUCCUCCUCCCAAAGCAUUUGGAUUACAGGCUUGAUCCACCACACCUGGCCUCUCUUUAAUAUCUUUAAAGUGGUAGGGUCAGGUAGGUUAUGUAGAGAUUAAUCAUCUACAAUUUGUGCUUUCUUUGAAACUUAUGAAGGACAGAUUACAAUUAACAUGAUAUAUUUCUCUGAAUACAUAGGAUUUCAAUGAGAUUUUUCUCUCAUUGAAAAAUCCUCCAAGUUACUAAUAGCUAAGCAUUUUUACAGAAAAUAUAUAUAUAUAUUUGGCACUUAUAACAAAUGUAGCAAUAUAAGGAUUUAUGUAUUUAACCGAUAAGGUAGAAAAAGAAAAUAUAAAUAUCAUAGAAAUAGUUAAAUACCAGAUAAGGAGGAGUUACCUCCUGCUAGAAUUUCAAACAUACUGGCACUAGAAAAUUAAAUGAAAAUUUUAUUUUCGCUCCACUCCUCUAAAACUUAUCAAGUGAUGAAAGGCAUGGAAAAAAGACCAAAGAAAGAUAGAAAGUCACACUACUAAAAACUAAAUUCACUCCAAUACUCUACCAUUAGACAUACCUAUGUAAAAAUUAUGCUUGAAAAUUCACUUCUGCUUGUGAAACAUGGUCUUAAUUGUAGAACUGGUUUAAGUAUAUGGAUUGUCUGGGUUAACUGAAUUUUUUUGGUUUUGGUUUUGUUCUGUUUUACAAUAAACCCACAGGGUCAAAUCUACAGCACAGUUUAUCCAAGUCCUGGCAGUCGAUGGGUCCAUCCUUAAGUAGGGCCAAUUUCCAUUUUGAAUCUCCAAAACCAGUUUCCUUUCCCUUUUGUAGUAAUUUUGAUUCCCCACCCACCCAUCCCCAGCUUGCCCUAAGUGGUAUGUCCCUUGUUUAUAUCAGUUAUGUCAGUUCCAAAUUUUAAAAUUCCCUUAGCACAGCAUAAUCCCCAUAUUCAUAGGCUCAAAGUUAAGCUUGUCCCUCUGUACCCAGAGAGUCCUGUGUCAAAACUAAAUGGAGAAUUGGAAGCCAAUUACUAGGCAAUGCAUUGAUUUGCUCCACCAAAUAGCAUGAAAGUCGAGAUUAUCGUAAGCUUAUUGCUGAAAUGCAUUCCUCUAUUUCAAGGAAGAAGCCAUUUUCUCAUGACUUUAUACCAGACUAUUUUUAACUCAUAGGUCAAAGAAUUAGGUUUACUGCUUUACAGUACAAAGGAAGCAAGAAAAAUAUUUCCUUAACAUAUCCUGAAGUCCUUCAAAAGUAAUCCUGCUCAAUUCAAAAUGUGUCCAUAUUAAUUUGUUUCAGAAAAUGUGUUUCUAGACUCUAAUAACUAGAUAACCAAAAUGAUUAUAUUCAGACCUUUAUUUUGACGAAAAUAUUUCUAAAAGCAAACUAAUAUUUUUGUCAUGAAUAAAGUAAAUAUUAUGAUAUUGUGAUAAUUUUUCUUGUUCUUUUGAAUCAAUAUGCUUUCUCUCAUUAUUUAAAAUGAGGAACUUACUGUUGAGAGAAAUAUUUUCUAAUAUUAUAAUAAAUACUGAGUUAUUCAUACAGGAUAUCUUCUCUGUACAAAAUGUGGCAUGCUUGAAGUCGAUCUGGGAAGAAUAGAAUUUUUUCAAAGAAUUUACACACUCUGGUUAGGGCAGAAACUAUAAACAUUUUGUUUGAGUAAAAAAGAUGUUAUUUUACCAACAGUAACAACAAUAAAUCUUGUCAAAGCAAUCUUUCAUCAAAACUUGUUUUUAGUUUCAGUUCCAAUUUUUAUCGCAGAGUUUCUUCCUCUGCAAGGACACUAAAAUUACCUAUUGAUUUAUGUAGACAUAGAAAACCAAAGCAAUGUGCAUAAGAAUCACCAAAGAUGCUUGUUACAAAGACAAAUUCCAGAUUUGAAAUCAGAAAAGGUUGAAGUUAAAUCCUGGUUCUUCUGCUAAUCAUUAACUUGAUGCUAAGCAAAUUUCAUCUAACCUGCUUUCUUCAGAUUAGAGAUGAAAGACUACGGAGAUAGAGUGAAAUAAAGCAAAUGCUCUUGAAAAAAUGCUAAAAGACUACAAAAUAGAAAUUUGCAUUAUUUAUCAUUAUUCUCCAUACUAAGGAGUGAGUCAGAGGGCAUUUGACACGCAACCUGGUGUUCUGCAUUGUGGGUUUCCUGUUGCUGAAUGUGGAGAAGAGCCAGUAAGUCAUCGAUGGCCUUCCGCUCCUGGCUCUCCAUGGUAGAACAGUUAACUCCCAGUAACCCCAGCCACAGCCACAAAUACCACCCUGUGGGUACUCACAGUCUUUCCCUUUGCUGUAUACUGCCAUCCUUAUUACUAAAAGACUGGCAUGCUCAAAGCUUGUUUAGCUUUCUAGAAAAAUGUAAUGCAAUUCUUCUACCCUAUUAAAUUCAUAACUGCAAUUAUUCCAGGAGUAAUUUCUUCUAUUGAUGUAUUCAGAGACCUUUUUCCAUAUAUUCUAGAUAGAGUAUUAUUUCAAUCCUUUAAACAAUAAAGGUGAAACUUUCAUUUGAAAUGAAAAUUCUAAGUUGAUGAGAACAAGACUAGAGGUGUAAUUGUAGGGUCUAUUAAGUAUUAGAAAAAAUACUACUAAUUUAUAUGCAAAAAUUAAUACUUAAGAAACUACUCAAUAUCAAUGUCUCCCUGUUGCUUAUUUCACUGCAUCCAGACUCUUGCUGGCGUUUAGGGUCUUCAUAACCAAAGUACCACUCUCUGGAAAAUCUUACUUCCCACUGUCCUCCUUGGUCCCAACAAAUGCUAUCUUCUCCAAUCUGGUCCCUCUCUCCACUGUCCUCACUAUGUGCCUUCCUCAUUCUUGUCUCUAUUGCCCUUUAGACUUUUUGUUUUCUUCUCCCAUGUGAAAUGCCCUCUACCUCCUUGAUGUUAAGCAACUUAUCCUUCAAAGUACAGAUUCAAUUUCACUUCCUCCUUGAAACUGAAUCCAUACUGUGCUUGAAGUCAGUAUCCCUCAAUAUUAUUUCCAAUAAUUCCUUAUUUGUUUUAAGUAUCUCUAAUUUCUUCAUGAGUGUUUGGUUUUUAUACCAACUAUAAAGAGUACUGUAAGUUACUUAAAGGACAUGUGUUUAUUUCUGUCCCUUCCACAUUUAUCCCAAAUAUUUAUCUUCACUUCUAUAUGUAAUAAAAGAAAUACAAAUGUGUCAAUAUCAAAAAGGAAACUGAGAGGUUGCUAAAAAUAAAAAAGCAGUGCUUACUUUUCAAUGUUUAGAGAAUACCUUACUGAUAAUGAAAUACAUAAAACUCAUAGGACACUAAUUUUCUGGAAAUGUCUAUGUAUAAUGAUAAAUUUCAAAGAUCUGUUUGCUAAUUAUACAUUAUUAAUCAUUUAUACAAUAUAUGAAUAUGCUUUAAAUCACCUAUUUUAAAGACAAUAUCUUGGUUAUUAUUUUAAAACAGAUAUAAAUAAUAAAUAAUCCACUUGGUCAUAUUAAAAUUAAGCUAUUGGCUUCCAGCUCACCUAAUGUGAAAUUACUUUUCUUCAUAACUUCCUUACUGGCCCCAGCCCCCUCUGUUUCAUAAUUUUUGUGUGGAUGAAAAGCGGGUAGCAUUUUAAAGUAGGGAAAUAUCUCUGCAAUGAAAUAGGAAAUGCAAUAUGUUCUUCAGCUCAAAAGGAACAGCUCUUACUUCCUGAGGAAUUAUAGAACUCACUCCAUGUAUUUUUAAAAGCUAGAGAAACAACUUAUCAGUUUCUUAUCAGUUUCACUUAACCCAAGCAUCUUAAAAGAUCAAAUCUUAAAGAUAUAAAAGAUUAGAUCUUUUACAUUUUAAAAAAAAUAGAUCUUAAAUUUCUUAAGGACUUAAGGCCCACACCCAUUUCACCAUCUUAUAUGAUUAUGGAUGAUUAUGGUACAACCACUAUCAGGUUGACCAAACAUAGAAAUGCCAACCCUUUAACACUGCCCAAAUUUACAGCAAGCACCUGAGAACCACACCAAUCACAGGAAACACACUAUAUGUUGACUCUAGCAACUGAACUGGACUCCCCUUGUUCUCCAAGAAGCCUGUUUGUCAUGGUUGUCCCUUUGUCCAAACUUGUGCUGUCAUUACAUAUCCUACAAAAAAAAGGGACUAAAAGGUAAAUUGCAAGUUCAUAGAUUUAUUUAUUAUGUUUCUAUUCACUUCAGUGUUUCAAAAUAUGAAGCUGAACUCAACAAUGACUUUUUGUGUUAAGCUUUGGGGUUUUUUCCUAUUUUAUCAUCCUAUCAAUCUAAAGGUUUAAAUACUAUCUAUUCUUCUUGCCAUACUUACACAAAAAUAACUUCAAUUAUAAAUGCAUGCAUAUUAUUAGGAAUCGACUAUCCUUUUCCCUGUUCUUAUUAGUAUAUCAUAUGCAAAAUAUUUAGAGGCUCAGGUUGAAGAAUAGAUUUCUCAUAUUUGUAUUUUCUAUUGAGUAUUGUCUGAACGAGACUUGUGUAUGUAUGCUAUUAAACCUGAGCCAAAAUUUAAAUGCAUUUUCUUUCUCAAAAUCUUCCCAUUAAUGAAAAAUAAUAUGUAGUAGUUGUUUUUUUAUUUAAAAAAAGACAAGAAAAAACAGUCAAGUUUAUUUUAACAAUUUUAAUACCAAUUGCCCAAACUAUAGAAAAUGUUCAAACAUGAAUUUUAGUAGUCUAUGAAGUAUAAUCUGCUCAGUUUGUUGCUGGUGUUGAGGGUGGAAAAAAAUAAAUGUAUGGUGGAAUUUAAUGUUGCUUAGCCCAAAAAUAUAGUAUAAUAUGAAAUAAACCAUGU